CAUAAGUAUAUUAUAGGUAUACUCGUGUUUGAUUUAUAUUAACGUUAUAUCGACGUCACUAGUCAUCGCAUCGCGAGUGGCACGCGAUUCCGCCGCGGCGACAGGGACGAGGUUCAGGAGGACAUCGAAAAAAUCCGUUUGGAACAAUAAUAACAAAAACAACGACACAAUAGCCAUGUGCAGCCGCUCGUGAAGACCGUAUUUUAUUAUCCUGUUGCAGUACGGUCGGAGCUCAGUGACCAUAGAUAACUCGUCGAACCACCUCACGACGACGAUAUGUCCACCGUGCUGCAGCUACUGCUCGAGCUGGCCACCAGCUGGUGGACGGUCGGAUUGCUGGUGUCGUUCGCGGCCAUCGCGUUCCACUGGACCACGGCCACGUUCGGCUACUGGCGCGACCGGGGCGUGCCGUACGUGCGGCCCACGGUGCCGUUGUUCGGCAACAUAGCCAGCAUGGCGCUGGGCACCGAACACCAGACUCGCAUGUUCGGCCGGAUCUACGACGCGUUUCGCGGUCACCGGUAUGUCGGCAUGUACCAGAUGCGCACGCCGCAUCUGUUGGUGUGCGACCCGGACCUGGUGAACCGCGUGCUGAUCGGCGACUUUGCACACUUUACCGACCGCGGGCUGUACACGUCCAGCACGGACGAGAACCCGCUGGCCAACACCAUGUUCAACAUGACGGGCACCCAGUGGAAGGUGAUGCGGCAAAAGCUCAGUCCCGCGUUCACGGCCGGCAAGCUGCGGCACAUGCGUGGCCAGAUAGCCGCCUGCAGCGAGCAGCUGAUGCGCAACGUGGCCGCCGACGUGCCGGCCACGGGCGGCUCGGUGGAGGUGCGCGACGUGCUCGGUAAAUAUUCCACCGACGUGAUCGGCACGUGCGCGUACGGACUGCAGCUGAACGCCAUCGGCGACGAUCAGUCCGAGUUCCGCCGGUACGGCAAGACCGUGUUCCAGCCGUCGUUUCGACUCCUGUUGAAGGACCUCGCCUGGCUGAUAUCGCCGGCCCUUCGGCGCGCACUUCGCAUCAGCGACUUUCCGCAGGACGCCGUCCAGUUCUUCACAGACGCGUUUACCGACAUUUUACGGUACCGGCAGGAGCAAGGCCUGGUCAGGGACGACCUCGCGCAGUCGCUGAUCCAAGCCAGGACCGACCUAGUCGUCAACAAGACCGAACCGUCGGUGACAUUCUUAGAAACAGAUAUCGUGGCCAAUGCGUUUAACCUAUUUGCCGUUGGUUUUGAGACAGUGUCUACGGCGAUGAGUUUUUGCUUGUACGAACUAGCAUUGAAAAAACCAAUACAAGACAAAGUACGAGAAGAAAUGAAUGCGACAAAGAAUCGACAUAGUGGUGAAAUUGACGAUGAAUUUCUAAAAGAAUUACAUUACUUGGAAAUGGUAAUAGCUGAAACAUUACGAAAGUAUCCACCAUUAAUAACACUAUUUAGAGAAGCAACACAGGAUUACCAAGUGCCCGAUGACAUUUUAGUAAUUGAAAAAGGAACAAAAGUUCUUAUUCCUGCGUAUGCUAUUCAUCACGACUACAGAUAUUAUCCCGAUCCAGAAACGUUCGAUCCUAAUCGAUUCUCACCUGAAGAAAAAGCUAAAAGACCAAAAGGAACUUAUAUGCCAUUUGGCGAUGGACCUCGCAUAUGUAUAGGAAAACGAUUCGCUGAAAUGGAAAUGAAAUUAGCGUUAACUGAACUUUUGACCAAAUAUGAAGUGGAACCAUGUGAUAAAACCGAUAUUCCAAUGAGAUUCAGUCAAAAAUCUUUAUUAAUAAUACCAGAAAAUGGCAUUUGGUUAAAAUUUAAACCAAUAAAUACUGCUAAUUAACUAUA